GCUCCACAGACAGGGAGGAUCUUCAUAGCUGUUACGCCUUGGACAAACAUCGCGUCCACGCCGGUCCGUGGUACUCCAGAAUGUAUUGACAUCGACCCUAUCCAAUACCAGGCUUUAGUGAAUUCGCGACUCCAACAUGGCAGGGCCCAAGCGAGCUGCUGCAUUCGCAGAAGAGAGCGCUGAGGUCGAGGUGCUUUAUGCCAACCUGAGCAAGAUGAAGAGCUUGACCAAGAAGAUACAAUCCUCUAUGAGUAGGCUGGAGACCAGUGGAAAGACGGUGGAAGAGGCUAUCGGGCCCAUAUAUGGAAACACGCAACGACUUCAGACAACCAAUGCGAACAUCGACCGCGUAAUUAUGGCAAUCGACAGAAUUCGCGAGCCCCUAGACAUGCGCAAUCGAGAGGAACAGGUUCUACGCUCGAAUCCGCAGACGAUUGGAUUGAACGAGUACAUUGCAUCCAUCGAUCGCACCCGCCAGGCUCUCGGUGAUCUGAAGCAAUCGAACCUCCGCUCGAACCAGCAAGCCAUCUCUGAACUCAACGGCCUACUAGGCGUGGGCAGUCGACAGCUCGAAGACGUGUUCCAAAACACUCUACGCGACGGAGUAGCACCAGUUGAACCUCUCCACUUCAUCACCAAGAACAUCGACUUCCCUCGUAUCUCCUCCAACAAGACCACUCACCUACGAACUAUAAACGCACAUGCGUCCUCAACACCCUCAGAAGCUGCUCAAAGCGAUCCGAGAGGCACAUCAACGGCUAAAAUAUAUGCCGAAGUACGAGGCCAAUAUAUUACAUCUAGUCUGCAGAACAUGGCCGCUGCUUGUCUGGCGACUGCUCGAAAGCAGAACCCAAGUACUGCUACAGUCUACAAGCGAGGUGACAACGCCAUUGGCAUGUAUGCUGCAGGUAUCAAGGGCAUGUUCAUCGCUGAGUACGACAAUAUAUGCCCCGUGUUCGAUCGUGAAGAAUGGGGUCAGGUUUUGUCCAUGACUUGUCAAGGUGCUCUCAAGGCAUUCGCCGUUACCCUGCGGGACCUCGAUCGCCACAUCAAGGACAAUAUUACAAGUGAUUGUUUCCUAGCCUACGAGAUCAUCGAAGUUGUGUCUAACACGGCGAUGGAGAUUGAGAGCAAGACAGGAGAAAUGAAGGUCGAGGUAGCUGAUGCUUUGAAGCCUAUAAGAGAAACUGCAAAGUCAUCUCUCUCCGCCCUUCUGACGGAUGUGAGGAAUCGGGUGCAGCAGAUGACGCAGCUGCCAGCCGAUGGCGCGGCGAUACCGUUGACGUCCGAGAUGAUGACCCGUCUGCAGACAAUGACCGGUUUCCUAAUACCGUUGUCAUCAAUACUGACCUCCCUUGGAAAAGGCGGAUGGUCUGCCCCAGGACCUGCAUCUUCGAGCACCUCUAUACCUACCCUCAAGUCAUUCGACGUUGGUGCGGAUGGUCGCAAACUCUUUGCAGAUUACGCCUCAGACACCAUACACACUCUCCUGUCUAAUCUGGAGGCCCGCUCUCAAGCUCUGCAAAGAGGCAAAGGCGUUCAAGGCGUCUUCUUGGCAAACAACGUUGCCAUCAUUGAGCGUAUGAUCCGCAGCUCAGAGUUGGGUCCGCUACUGGAGCCCGCACAACCGAAGAUAGAAGCCUGGCGUGUCAAGGCGACUAAGCAUUACAUGACAACGUGGAAUGAGGUAUCUGCUUAUCUGCUUGACGUGCAAUACACCAACCGUGGCCCACGUCCUCCAAGUACAGGAACGGCUGUCGACUCGGCAGCUUUUGUCAAAGCACUCUCUUCAAAAGAGAAGGAUACAAUGAAGGAGAAAUUCCGCAGCUUCAAUGCAUCGUUUGAUGAAAUGGUGGCCAAACACAAGACUUACAAGAUGGAGAAAGAGGUCAAGACCUCGCUUGCGAGAGAUGUGCAAAGGUUUAUUGAGCCACUCUACAGUCGUCAUUGGGACAGAUACCAUGAGAUUGACAAGGGUAGGGGCAAGUAUGUCAAGUAUGACAAAACGCAGCUCAAUGCAGUGCUCACGAACCUGGGGUAAGAGGUGUUAUUAAUUGGGGAUAUGAGUUUAGCGUGGCGUCGGGAGCGUUUUUGGUACCCAGGUGAGCAAGACACAGGUACAAGCAGGGAUGCACAAUUGCGAAGAGAGCGCGAUUUGCUUAGAUGUAAGAUAAGCUCGAGAUGCGUCCGGCAUGGUCGUCCUGGCUGCCCACGCCGGCAUGACGCCUUGCCGGAUCGGGGUACUAGAUGGACUUGGUGGUUUAGACUGCUGCCGUGCCUAUUAUUGAAAAAGUGCGAGGUCGCCUCUUUGUUCUAUAGCUGCCUUUCAACAUAUCAAGAUCAGUAAAAGAGCAAAGGAUGCUGCAUUCGAAGAGA